GAUGUGCACUUAGCCAUCAUAUAUCUUAAAUUUUUAAUUGUAUGAUAAGUAAUAUUCAAUAAAAUACAAUAAUAUAUAAUAAUUAUAGUAAUAACAUAUUUAUAAUAAUUAUAAUAAUUGAUAGCUUUAAAUAUAAGAUAAAACUCACACAUAUGUACAUAUACACACGCACACACUCUUAUAUGUAAAAGAAUUAGAUAUAUAAGGGGACUAGUAGUCGCUAAGAUUGGGGAGUCUUUAUCGUCUUAUUGUGCGGAUGGUCAAAAGCGAGUGUAAGAGACUACGCAGAUCGUUCAUACAAUAAGACAUAAUAAUAAGUUUGUAAUUGAUUAAAAUAUAUAUAUUAAAAAGUGUUAAAAAUAAGUUAAAUAAAAUUACAAUUGUGAUUCAAAGAAAAAAGGUCUAAUUAUUUCAAAAUAUAAAUCGAUCACCUCAUAUUACAUCUUGAACGCGAACCACGAUUUCAACAAGCAAGUCGACACAGGAAGCAGAGAGCCAUUGUAUUUUAUAUUAUACAUUUAUAAGAUUGUAAGACAAGCAUACUAUAGCUAGUUAACUUUCAACAUAUUCAUAAUGAACUUCACACCUCUCCUCAUCGUCUUACAAUUACACAUGGUACAUGGAUUUAUUGCAUAUGACUGUAAUGGACCCAAGCUCAACAUAACAGCAUUUAAUAGCUUGUCUGUGGAGCCAUGUGAACCACCAUCAGAAAUCCACACCCAAUCAAUUCAACGAAUUCAACUUCUACAAAAAACAGAUACCUACCAAAUACCUUAUAAAACAUGCUCAAUAAUAAUAAACUAUUUUAUAAGUAGGUGUUCAAUUCUAGAAGAUGCCCAAAUGGUAGAAAAUGGUUUUUUUACAGAAAUAACUGAAUUAGGCAGUGCCCGGUGCUCUGAAUUACACCAGAGACUAACAUACCAUCUACCAAACGGAGGAAUAAUUACAGGUUUAAAAGUUAACGAGACUAUAUUAUCAUCCGUUACAGUAGCCGGUUUUGUAGAUAGACAUGGUAACUGCAAAGGCUCUACAUUUUCAUCUGAGAAAGGCACAUGGCAAGAGGUUAUAGUUCAAGCUAAUUAUAAAAUCACUCUUACCGAAGGAUUAGCCAUAGUAAACCACAAACAAAAUACGUUAACUCUCCCAACUGGUUCAACCUUAAAAUUAUCCGACCAAUACGGUUUGGAUAUUUAUAAAGGAGAGGUAGUGUGGAACGCAAAUACUUAUGAUUGUGAAACUCAUGAGUUCAUUAUUUUAUAUGACGGACCUGUUUCAUUAAUAACUUCGAACAAUGACAAAACCACUCGAACAUACCUAGUGGAAUCGGACCAAAUCGUUUUUGCGUUACAACACAUAAGAUCAACAUAUAUAUGUAAUAUACCAGCUAUACAAACUGAUCAUUCUCAAUUAACCAUAAUUACAGAUUCAUUAUUUUUUAAUUAUUUUAAAAACAAAGACAUACAUCCACAAAACAUAGAUUUAGUGGCUUAUAUAAAUACUAAAUUGGUAUACAUUGACAACCGUUUCAAAGCAUCGAUAACAACUUUAUACACAGAUCUAAUACAAAAACAAUGCGAAUUAGAACGUAAAGUGCUGUUACACAAACUAUCAUUAGCCACAUACAGUUUAUCCGAAUUCGCAUACCAUAUGGGCGAAGGACCCGGUUAUACGGCAUUAAAGGCUGGGGAAAUCAUUUAUCUACUAAAAUGUAAACCAGUAGAAGUGGAAAUAUCAUCAAAAAAAAAUGCAAUAUGUUAUGAUGAAUUACCAGUUAUUUACAAUAAUAAAUCAUACUUCAUGGCUCCUAAAACAAGAACCCUACAAAAAUUUGGCACAGAAUUAGAUUGUAAUCACUUUUUACCACCUGCAUUUUUACUUGAUGGAGAAUGGUAUACUACAUCGCAAAAUAUUAGAGAAAUAAAAAAACCACAGACUCUUAAGCCUUCCACGAAAUGGACAUGGACAUACAAAAGUAUGGAAAAUCUAAUGACAGCAGGAAUUUAUAAUUAUGACACUAUGAAAAAUUUUCAACAAUAUUUAAUACUACCUCAAGAAAUAGAAGCAUCGCAAAAAAAUUUAGCAAGACAAACCAUGGGUUUCACAAUAAUGGAUCACAGGAUAAAUCUAAACACGUUAAUUGACGAAAACACCAUUAGUAAUAUGGUUGACAAUAAACUAAGAAAAAUGUGGGGGUGGUUUACCAUUUUUGGUGAAUUUAUUUCCGGAUUAUUAGGAAUAUUCUUUAUAUGGAAAAUAAUUCUAACCUGCAUUAACACAGGACUUAACAUUUCUCUUUUAUACCAAACUUUUGGAUUAAGCAUAAAAUUAGUAGCAGGAGUAUUUACAAGCAUUACUCAUUUCAUUAUGCACAACGCAAAUCAAAAUCAACAACAACAACAGAAAAAGCAACAAAAUCAACCACUACUGACUUUAAAUCGAAAUCCCAACUCACGAGACAAAGUCAAUAAAUCAAUCACAAACUCAAAGCAAAAAAGUUUAUACCCAAAUAUCAGAAAAUUAUCUAUAUGAAUACAUAUUAAAAUAUUUCAAAAUCCAAUUUAACAGUCAUAUGCAAUAUAAUUUCAAAAAAAAAAAAAAAAAAAAAAAAAA